GCUUCAAUUAGGGUGCAGAUCUGCUUUUGUAUGGGCCGUACCCAAAUCUGCUAUAUUUGGGUACGAUGACGUCACAUGCGUACCCAUUUUUAGCAGAUUUCUGCUAAAAAUAGCAGACUGCUAAAAAUAACAGAUUUUACCAUAGUUUCCCCAACUGAUAUAACAAGCUCUGCUGGCGCCAGCUGGCCAAUCGUCCAGAAAAUAGUACGGCCCAUUUUAUGUCGGCCGGCCAAUCCCGUUCAAGGUUGGACAGCAAAUAUUGUUUGAACAAAUUUCCAAAUGGAAGUGUCACAGGACCUGGACGAGAUCCGUCAGCUGCUGGUGCAGAGCCGACGGGACAACACCCGUCGCCUGCUCUCAGCAGAGGUGGCCAGACUGGAGGCGCUGAAGACCGCAGAGGAGGCCAGUCAGCCAGCCAAGAAACCCGUCCAGCCCCCGGCAGACCGGGUCUAUGAGAAGAAACUCACAGAGUAUGCUUGGGAUCAGUCGGACAAGUUCGUCAAGUUCUACAUCAACCUGAAGAACGUGCAGAAUGCCCCCGCGGAGAGCAUCAAAUGCAACUUCACCGACAAUUCGUUUUCACUGCGUGUUGAGGGUCUGGACAACAAGAACUACAACUUCUCGCUGAGCAACCUGCUGAGGCCUAUCGAUCCCGCUGCCAGCAAGUACAAGGUCAAAACAGACUGUGUGCUGGUGAUGCUCUCCAAGCGUUCCUCUCAGUCGUGGUCGCACGUGACCGCGGCGGAGAGCGCGGCCGACGAGGCACGCGCCGCCAAGUACUCAUCUCCCGACAAGACUGACGCCGGCGGCGACCCGGCUGCCGGCAUCAUGGACUUGAUGAAGAAGAUGUAUGACGAGGGAGAUGACGAGAUGAAGAGGACGAUCAAGAAGGCGUGGGCCGAGGGCCAGGAGAAGCAACGCUCUGAGGGCGGCUUCGGGGGACUGGGAGGACUGGGAGGCAUGGGAGGGCUGUGAGCGGUGUGAUGAGGUCGGGGGAGCGGCGCGGGAAGUGACGAGUGAAGACCAAGGGGCACAACUGUACCCCGUCCCCAGCAAAGGAAGGUGAGGAGGGUGGUUUGUAUCAGGCUGGCCAUGCCAUGACGGGUGUGUCAGUGGUCGGCGUUUGACGCCAGCGGCGACGAGUAAGGUCUCAGUUUUCUCCCCAGCCGGAGAUUUGUAACGUCUCUGUUUUGUAUGCAUUGCGUUAUAUUGUGAUCGUCUUUUUGCCAAGGCUGCCAAACCGUACACGGCGGAAAGAUGUCUUUGGUGCAGUGUCCCAAAAUUGCAUUUCGGCUUGGGUGUCAGAGGGGAAAUUGCUUUCCAAAAAUGGGGAUAAGAUUGGAAAAUUGCUGGCCAAGAUGAGGCCCAAAAAGAGUGGGAAAAGAUCAAUAGCAUUAAAUUUUAUACAUGCGUGAUAAAAUAUUAGAUGUACAACGAUUAUAUUCACGCUAAUGUUUUUCUUCGUAAUAUUGGGAGUGGAAAAUUGUUCUUCAAAAUUGGAGGUGAGAGUGCGAAAUGAUUUUCAUUUGGAUGUCGUUUCCCACCCAAAACAACAAAUUUUGGGACACUGCUUUGGUGUUGUUAUUCCCUAAUCUGUUCUGUCCUAUAUUGUAUGCGAAGCUGUUUUGAUAAAGCUCUGGUCCAUGA